AUGGGCAACUCAGUGCCGCGAAAUUCUUCUAACCGGGAGGAGCCGCAGAAAUCACCAUGGCUGAGCAAGUAUGGGGGCGAGCCCAGAACAGUCUUCAACAAACCUCACGAAUCAGUCCUUCAUUCUGUGCUUGCCCCUCUCUUCCCCCGCCCACACCCAACCUCCUACGCCGAGGACAACACAACGUUUGACCGCAUGCCUCCGUACCCCACGCCCACCGGCGACGAGCUCGACAUGCUAUUCGCGUCCGAAAAGUCCCAGAUUGACCUCAACCCGGGGCUGACGACCUGGGAGAUGGGUGUCCUCGGCGAGCGCCUAGUUAAUGGCUGGGCGGGAGGCCAUCGAGAGAUGGAUCUGGUCACGCCACAGAUCUUGGAGCGCGGCUACGGCGUUGAGGUCGACGAGAGCAGCUGGCAUCCGGUUUUUGCAAAAAGCAAGUGGUAUGAUUUCCGUUUGCCCAUCGUCGAUGGGACCCUCCUCCGCCAUCCGCUCCCUGGGAUCAGCGGGUCGGAUGUGUGGAGCGUUGAUGUCCCCAAGUCCAUGAUGGUUGAGUCCAUGAUGGUUGAGUCCAUGAUGGUUGAGUCCAUGAUGGUUGAGUCCACGUAA